AUGGCCAUCAACGUCUACUUGACUUUCUACUACAAGUUCGACGCCGAAAGGUUACGGAGAAUGGAGAUACCAUAUCUCGUUUGCUGUUAUGGAAUUCCCUUCAUCCCAGCCCUGGUCUAUGUCUUUGUCAGGAACGGCGAUGGAUUGAGGGUCUACGGCAACGCAACAUUAUGGUGCUGGGUUAGACCUGAGUGGGAGAUCUGGCGCAUCCUCACAUUCUAUGGACCCGUUUGGAUUGCAAUCUUGAUCACUUUCUUCAUCUACAUCCGCGCGGGCCGAGAAAUUUACCAAAAGCGAAAGCAGCUUCACAAUUUUAGCUCCUCGGACCACGACCAAAUGAACUCGUUCCACGACGUUCUGACCUCGAUGAAGACGACUGAAGUUUACGUCACCUCGGAAGCGAUGGACCAGCCCCAAGGUUCUAUUGGUCUUGCCACAGUGGGAAGACGUGGCUCGGAAGCCGGACCAGUCCCACGACUACCCAACGCUGCUUACUCUGUCAGCAUUUCCGCCAAUCGCUAUAGCCGCAAUGAAUCACAAGCCGAAGCUGCUGUCCCGCCUGCCGAAAGUAGCACAGCGGACGCCUCCGCCCAGCGCCCGAUGAACUCUGCUCGUCGACGCAACUACGAGCUCAACAAUGCGGCUUGGUCUUACACAAAAUGUUCUAUUCUCUUCUUCACAGUCAUCUUAAUCACCUGGGUCCCGUCGAGCGCCAACCGUGUCUACUCGGUAAUCCACACCAGGGAGUCUUCAACACCGCUAGAGUUUAUGAGUGCCUUUGUUCUCCCGCUUCAGGGCUUCUGGAAUGCGCUUAUCUACGUGGUGACUUCAUGGAAGGCUUGCAAGACACUGUGGACUGAUAUCAAAUAUGCGUCUCGGCGGCCAGAUGUGACGGAAAUUGUGGGCAGUUUCAGGCACAGCGACCAGUUCAAGAUCCCGAGCCAGAACCGCAGGACAAAGAACUACGAGAGUGAAAGCAUAACGGAGCUUACGAAUAGUCGACCGGCUUCGAAUGAGCAGGCAUCGCGGUCGUAG